UUCGUUUUGCAUUGAGCAUCGCGGCAUCGUAGCGUGGAGAGAGGCGUCGAGCCGAAUUAAACGUGAUCGCGCUUUUAUAAUGCGUUUAGUACGCUGGACGUGAGCUUAGUAAUUAACACCAUGGACCUAAUUACGAAGUUGUGCUCUUUCGUUGCCAGUGUGCAAACACUGAUCCACGGAUGGCACGAAAAUGGGAUCCCAGGUGCGAGGAUAUGAAGAAAGAAUUUUGAACUCAGAAUCAGAGGUCAUGCCGCCGGGCCGCUGAAAGAGUUUUCGCGCUUCGAUACUCCAGCAUGCCGUCAUCAUCCGCUGCACGAAAGAUCCAACGCGCCUUGGUUGCGAUCAAGAUUACGCUGAACCGAAAAUCGUGAAGAUGCGACGAAAGAAGUCCUUCGCACGGAGGCCUUUCAGGAGUGAUUGUUCUAUUUUGCAUCUCUACUCGUCUCGCAAGCAAUUUAUGCACAAACUGUGAUAUGAGGUUGCUUGCUGUGACGGUGUGGGCAUUCGUUUGCGUGACACUGCUGGGAGUUUUAGCGUACAGUAUGCUGCUGUGGAGUCAGUAUUGGAGGUGGGCUACUCCGCGCAACACCGGAGUGCGAGCGGCGGCACCACGAAGGCGGUCGCACUUAUCCAGAGGAUACAGCAACGCUUCGACGGGUGGUGGUGUGCUACAGCCUCAUAGAAUGGCUCCAUUGCCUAAGGACAAGCUUUUCGCCAAGGUGGAGGCGUACCGGGCGCAGCUGGAGCGCCAACUGCGUCGCGCCCAGUGGGACAGCGUGCGUCCCGUGGGCGCCGGGGGCCGGCCGGCGCCGGACCGCUACGGGCUGCGGCCCAGCAGGCGCAAGCCGGCCCGCUUCGCGCCGCCCGACCAGCUGCUGGCCAGGGCCAGGGCUCUGCGCAUGCGCAUGCUGACCAGGGACACGGAGCCGUUUAAGCGGAUGGGUUACAGCCAGUACUUCCCUCCCGCGGACUUCUACGCGAGUCAGUUCAACUCCUGCGCUCUGGUCUCCAGCGCGGGAUCUAUGCUCGGCUCCAAGCUUGGACCGGAGAUUGACGGGCACGAGGCCGUGCUGCGCUUCAACGACGCGCCCACGGCGGGCUUCGAGGCCGACGUGGGGGCGCGCACGACGGCGCGGCUGCUCAACUCGCAAGUGCUGGCGCGCCCCGAGUUCGACUUCUUCAACUCGGCUCUGUACCGGAACGUGACCCUGGUCGCCUGGGACCCGUCGCGCGACCGUCAGCCCCUCGACAAGUGGGUGGAGCAUCCCGAGUUCGACCUGUUCCCGGCGUACUGGCUGCGUCGCGAGGUGCUUCCGGACGAGCCUUUCUACCUGCUGCACCCGGACUCGGUCUGGGAAGCCUGGCACUUCCUGGACAACGAGAACCCGGGGCCCGUGCUCAGGAACCCGCCGUCCAGCGGAUUCCUCGGGCUUCUCCUGCUGCUCAAACAAUGCCGUCACGUGGACGCCUACGAGCUUGUUCCCUCGAUGCGGCUGACCAAGCGCUGCCACUACUACGAGGUGCACGAGGACCUGGGCUGCACCCUGGGGGACUGGCACCCGCUGGCCGCCGAGAAGCUGCUCGCGCUGCACCUCGCCUCGUCCUCGGUGCACGCCCUCGAGCAGGCGUUUGCCCGCGGAACGCUGCCGCUCAGCACGCGCGACGGCGAGCCACGCGGGCGCUGAGCACGAGUCGACGGGCGUGCCACUGUAUAGCACGUGCAACGCCAGAAGGUGCCAUCUACCGCGCCUGUGCCAUCUACCCCACCGCUUAUUUUGUUGGAGGUGCUGCGGC